CAUUACUGGGAAGGGACCAUGUUGUGUGCUGCAGUGUGACUGUGUGAUCACAUUGGCAGAGGCACAGACAGUCAGGAUUCAUCACAGCCAGAUCGCAGGGAGGACUCUGUAUGAUACAGCGCAGGCUGCUUACUACAAUCAGCAGGAUGACGGACGAAGCUAAGAGACUGGCAGGCUGCGCGGCUGUGGACAAUCAUGUCAAGGAUAAUCAGGUGCUCGGCAUCGGAAGCGGUUCCACCAUUGUCCACGCUGUGCAUCGAUUAGCUGAAAGGAAGAAGAACGAGAACCUCCGUGUGCUGUGUGUCCCCACCUCUUUCCAGGCUCGGCAGCUGAUCCUGCGGAAUGGACUAACUCUGACUGACUUGGAGAGGCACCCUGAGCUUGAUAUCGCAAUUGAUGGAGCAGAUGAAGUGGAUUCUGAUCUCAACCUCAUCAAAGGUGGCGGGGGAUGUUUGGCCCAGGAAAAAAUUGUUGCUGCUUGUGCCAAAUCUUUUAUUGUGAUCGCAGAUUACAGGAAGGAUUCCAAGAAUUUUGGUGACCAGUGGAAAAAAGGGAUUCCAAUAGAAGUUAUACCAAUGGCCUAUGUUCCCGUGACCAGGGCGAUAGAGAAACGGUUUGGGGGUGCUGCUGAGCUGAGGAUGGCUAUUAGUAAAGCGGGCCCAGUGGUGACAGAUAAUGGGAAUUUUUUACUUGACUGGAAGUUUGAGAAAGUUUAUGACUGGAAAGAUAUUAAUACAGCCAUCAAAAUGAUUCCAGGUGUGGUGGAUACCGGGCUCUUUAUUGACAUGGCCGAGAGAGUCUACUUUGGCAUGGAGGACGGGACCGUGUCGGUCCGUGACAAGCCUGUGCAUUAGUCCCAGAACAGCACAGAUGUGCCUAGUGCUAGUGCAUCAUGGCUGUGCCAAUUACAUGUGUGUGUGUGUCAUACUGAAUUUGCCUUUUUCUUUAUUGUUAUUGAAGUUUUCUGUUUUUAUAUUGUGCAGUUGCCAUGUUUUCCUUCUGGUACGCUUCCUUGUGGUACAUUUAUAAUAUUGUGAUAUAUAAGAGAUAAUAUGUUACCAUACUAGACCGUUACCUGUGACAUAAAAGCAUCAGAGGAGUACACACAGCAGUGGCAGCCAUUUUGUGGGAUAAACUUAUUUUAUAAGGCUGCACAACUGGAACCAGUCACAUCCCUGAUAUUCCUGGGCAGUGUGUCACUGUGUAUUAGUAGGCUGUAUUCUUUUAUAUAUAUAUAUAUAUAUAUAUAUAUAUAUAUAUAUAUAUAUAUAUAUAUAUAUAUAUAUAUAUAUAUAUAUAUACAGGUUGAGUAUCCCAUAUCCAAAUAUUCCGAAAUACGGAAUAUUCCGAAAUACGGACUUUUUUGAGUGAGAGUGAAAUAGUGAAACCUUUGUUUUUUUAUGGCUCAAUGUACACAAACUUUGUUUAAUACACAAAGUUAUAAAAAUAUUGUAUUAAAUGACCUUCAGGCUGUGUGUAUAAGGUGUAUAUGAAACAUAAAUGAAUUGUGUUACUGUACACACACUUUGUUUAAUGCACAAAGUUAUAAAAAAUAUUGGCUAAAAUUACCUUCAGGCUGUGUGUAUAAGGUGUAUAUGUAACAAAUGCAUUCUGUGCUUAGAUUUAGGUCCCAUCACCAUGAUAUCUCAUUAUGGUAUGCAAUUAUUCCAAAACACGGAAAAAUCCGAUAUCCAAAAUACCUCUGUUCCCAAGCAUUUUGGAUAAGGGAUACUCAACCUGUAUACUGUCUUAAGGCCUAAUUCAUAUCUGAUUGGAGAUGUGCUAAAUUUAGCACAUCUACGAUCAGUUUCUCAGACAUGCGGGGAGACACCCAGCACAGAGCUAGUCCGCCCCUCAUGUGAGGCCCUGCCCUCCGCCACACACAUACAGGUACAAAAGCAUUGCACGGCGGCGAUGCUUUUUUACCUGACAAGUAGCUCCCUGCCUGCGCAGCUCCUGUGCGCUGGCAGGCCGCUACUCGCCACGUCCCGGGUCGCAGCAGCUGUAUGUGACAUCACGCAGCCGCCGCGGCCCGUCACUUCAACGUCCGUAUGCGCCUUCAUUGUCCGGACCUCCCCCCGCCAAUGCCGUUCUAAGGUCAUUGGUACGCCCCCUCCCGCCCCGCAACCGUGUCUGCCUGUUAAUCAGGCAGAGGUGAUUGCAGCCUUGUGAUGCUGAUAGCAUCUCACUGGGCUCCCGGGGUGCGCACGCUCCGCGUGAGCACUCCACAAAGCAAUUCAGACUGCGAUCGCUACCGCGAUGCAAUCUGAAUUACCCCCUUAAUCCUAUGCGAGUAUCGGACGGUUCCAUUUUAAACACUAGGAACUAGGAAAGUAAAAUGGUUGGUGUAAGAUAAUGCUGUACUACGAAGUGGCACUAAGUUCCCCACAUGUUUUGUAUUAUAUCCCAUGUUAUACUGGUAUUAUACCAGUUGCAAACGUCCAAUUACUUGGUCUUUACUGCAUAUAGAAUAAAGCUACUUGGGUGGUUUAUAUUGUUUACACUGUGAUGUGUUGGGGUUUUGUUUUUUUUAUUACAUUUUACUUCUGUGCCAUAUAAUUUGUUACUACUAUUGGGCAGUUUAGUUUGCAUUAGUAAAAAUGCCACCUGUUACAUGGACCGUGAAACAAUGCAGGCAGCCAUUUUGUGAGUAAUUAAUUUUCCAGAGAAUCCAGCCUAUCAAAUCACAGGUGACAACACUGAUGCAAGUGUGCUGGUUUCUUGUGAACUGAAUUGUGCUCGGUUAUGUCACUGCUCCAUAGUAAAAUAUCCUUGGCAGUAGUAAAAUAAUGCAUUGUUACUUAUAUUGAUUAAGAGGGCAAAAUGGCUGUCACCACCACAACACAUGUGCAGCUUGUAUGCCAAAGAGGAGUCUUGUUUUACUGUGGUAUGUGAUUGUGUGAUGAGCCUCUAAAUCGGUGUUCCUCAAACCUGGUUUUCAUUGAUCCCUAACAGUGCUUGUUUUCCAGAUCAUCUAGCAGGAGCACAUGUGUGUUAAUUGACUAACAAAAUACAGCUGCAGAUGGUACUAAUUAUUCCUGUGGAUAUCUUGAAAACACGCACUGUUAUAGGCCCUACACACUGGGCGACAUCACUCAAAGAUAUGAAAGAUCUCGUUCAUUAAUGAACGAGAUACCGUUCAUAUCUUUGAGUGUGGAGGCACCAGCGAUGAACAAUGCGCGGCCCCGAGCUGGUUCAUCGCUGGUGCCCCGUCGGCUGUGCAUGCAGGCCAAUAUGGACGAUCUCGUCCAUAUUUGCCUGCACUGCUACGGAGCCAGGUGACGGGGGGAGUGAAGAAACUUCACUCCCCCCUUCACUGCUUUCCCCCACCGCCGGGUCGCCCGUCGGCCGUAUCCGCUGUCGGGCAGCUCGGCGGCGAAUCGGCCAAUUUGUAGGGCCCUUUAGACCUCCACGAGGGAAGAGCUUGAGAGACACUGGUCUACUCUUGCAAUAAGUUUACCUAUUUACAUAUAAUGAAAAAAAUGUAUAAAGGAAAUGUCUAUGUUUAACCCUCUGUGAUGCCCCAGGUAAUCACACGUGACGUGCUGGUAUAACUCUGCCCUUGUUGUCUCUGUAAGGGUAGUUUCACAUCUAACACAUGUUGGAGCCACGUGUUUUAGGUUUAGUGUUCCUUUAACACAUAUAGAUCACUUAUGUAGCCUUUUCCAAAGUUUCUUAUAUCUUCAUUUUUGUCAUGUGUUGGACAUGUUUGACCAGAGCUACUGUAUAUUGUUGCCAUACUAUACAAUUUUUAUUUAUAGUAUUUACUAGUAAACAUUGGUAUGGUAUAUUGGUAACUUCACCUUAUCGUAUGUACAAUGUAAUGCUUGAAUGUCUUGCUGCUAUAUAUUGCCCUGCUGUACUGCAAUACUGGAAAUCACUCUGCUUUCUGUGUUGCCUAGCCUCGAAAACACCCGUGUCAUUCCUUUUUCUUCUUCGGAAGUAGAUUAGAUGGCGUAGGUCUGGAUCAUUUUCCAUCAAUGCAAUUUAUGAUGUCAUGAAAUAUAUUGUACAAUAAAAGCCUUAAUUCUAAAA